AUGGGUAUUCCCAUAUUCGCCAUAGUGGACACCGAUACCAACCCGGACCUGGUAAGCCACCCCAUCCCCGGCAAUGACGACGCCGUCCGGUCCAUUCGGUUGGUCACCGGUCGCCUGGCUUCCGCCAUCCUGGAAGGCAAGGCCGAGCGAGAAGCGUUGAUGGAGGAACAGCGGGCCCUGGCCGAAGCUGCCGCUCAAGCCGAGGCCGACGCCCUGGCUGCCGAGGCGGGUGAGACAGGCGAGGAAAUGUCCGACGAAGAGGCCGAACAUGUGGCCCUGGCUUCCAUGCCCCUGGACGACCUCGCCCAGAUGAUGGAACAGGCCAGCCGGGGUGACGGGGAAGCUGAAGGAAGCGAAGCCUAG